AUGAACAAAUUACGCCGAUCACCUUUUCACCAACUUGGCCUCUUAAAAUUAUUUCGCAAUUCCUCCGUCACAUCAUCACCAUGUCCAAUCCUCCAACAAAUGUAUUGUGAAACAAUGAUAUCGACACCAUCAUUCCGAAAGUACUCUUCAUUAACAAAGAGCUCGGGUCGUUGGUUGGAAAGGCAGAGACGAGAUGCCUUUGUAAAGAAAGCAAAAAUUGAAGGAUACAGGUCAAGAGCUGCCUACAAGUUAUUGGAAAUUAAUGAGAAAUGCGGAAAGUUUUUGGAAAAGAGCAAAAUAAUUAUUGAUUUGGGUGCUGCUCCUGGAAGUUGGUCCCAGGUGGCAGCUGAGAAAAUGAAAUCGAACAGUAAAUUAAUCACUAUUGAUAUCCUUGACAUGGAGCCAAUUCAAUCUCCAGAAAAUAAGAACAUUAAAAUUAUUCAUUUGAAAGGAAAAUUUGAAGAGAGUAUUCCACAAAUAAGGAGUUAUUUGAAUGAAGAUGAAUAUGCAGAUUGUAUUUUAUCUGACAUGGCACCAAACACAAGCGGAGUGAAAACUCUCGAUCACAACAGAAUUAUUUUCUUGUGUAAUGCGGCCAUUGAUUUUGCAUUUGAGGUUUUAAAACAAGGAGGAUGCUUGUUGAUGAAAAUCUUCAGCGGAUCUGAAGAUAGUGUUUUGAGGAACGAGCUUAAACAAUACUUUGAAGAUGUGCAAUUCAUAAAACCUGCUUCAUCAAGAUCCGAAUCAAGUGAAACUUAUGUAUUUGCAAAAGGUUUUAAGGUGUAA